UCUACACCACCCCCCUCAGACACCGCCGCCGCAGCAGCAUUAGCCCCAACUAACACUAAUACUUCCAUCCCACCGCAACAACAAGCGCCCCAACCCCAACAACCAGCCGCAGUACUAGACCCUGAAACUCCCCGCCUUUCCACCACGGACGACGGCAGCGCCAAACGCCCCCGUGACGCCCGCACCAUCCACCUCGUCCUCUCCAGUCUAGGCAUAACCUCGUACCAAGAACGCGUACCAUUGCAACUCCUCGAUUUCGCGUACAGGUAUACUUCCGGCUUACUAUCUGACAGUCUCCGUCUCGCAUCAGAAGGGUACUCUGGACGCGCUGGCGGUGGUGGGAAUGCUAAUGCGAAUGCUGGGAGUGGGAGUGGGAACGUGAACCUGCAAAGUCUGCGCCAAGCAAUCGCGAGUCGACAGGGUCAUACUUUCCGCGGACACUUACCUAAGGAGUUCAUGGCUGAGUUGGCGGCGGAGAGGAAUCGAGUUGCGCUGCCGAGGGUGGAGAGGGGGUUGGCCUUGCAGUUGCCGGAGGAGAAGUAUUGUCUUACUGGGGUUGGGUGGGAUUUGAGAGGGGAGUGGGAGAGUGAG